AUGAUGACUAUCACUUACAUAAUUAUUCUAUCGAUGAGUCUGUCCAUUAUAGGGUAUAAUGUAAAUGGCAUUAGAACUGGAGAGAACUAUGUUCGAUAUUUAAUGCAAAGUGCUGAUGUAAUUGCUUUGUCUGAACACAUGCUAUUUCCAGAUAAUGCAAAUGAUCUUAAAAUGAUUAACAGUGAAUUUGAAGUUUUACCCAUGUGCAGUAGUGAACUAAACCCUAUGCAUAAAGGCAUGAUUUUUGGUCAAGGGGGAGUUGCUAUUGGGUACAGAAAAACUCUUAAAAAUGUAUCGCAUAUUAAGAUGAAAACUGAUAGAAUAGUAGGUAUAUCUAUUGGCAUUAAUACAAUUAAUCUGCAUAUAUUAUCUGUUUAUUUACCCCAACCACAGUGUCGGAGUCAAUGUUUCGAUAGUGUAUUAGAACAAUUGCAUGAAAUAGUACAAACACUUUCUGCUACUGGUAAUAUUGUCAUUAUAGGUGAUAUGAAUGGAUGCCUAGGGAAUCUUGCUGGGACAAGAGGCAGUGAUCAUAUAGCAUCUCCCAAUGGUAAAAAGUUGUUUAAAUUUUCACAGGAAAAUUCAUUAACAUGUGUUGAUAUGUUAAACGUUAC